UUGUUGCAUUGAUUGAUGAAGCUUAUGACUUAAGCCACAUAUCAUAUAAAUAUUACAUGUGCUGUAUUAUAUAUAUGCGUAAAAGAAACAUUGAAAUAGAAAUAUUUGAUGUACAGGUGUUGUACAGGAUGGUUGUUAAUGGAGAUACCAACUCUCGAGUGAAAUAAUAGAAUAGAUAAUAGAACAGAUAAUAGAAUAAAUAAUAGAUAAUAGAGUGAAAUACAGAACAGGUUGAAGGUAAAUAAAAAAGUCUUACAAACCCUACGUAAGAUGAAAGGAUAUUAAAUAAAAGGAAUUGUGAAAUGACAGUGCAUCGAAAUGUGGUACUUUAGUUACGAUAGCGAUCCAUUAAAAAAUAUCAGAAAAAUCAAUUGUAUAUUGUCUAUCUUUGCGAGCGUUUAUGCUCAUUACAAGGGAAUAUCGCCAGUAGUCCGCUCAAAGCAUUUCGCGUAAUGCCUCUUGCGGGAUGUACUCUCGCUUUUUUGUAUUCUUUUUUAUUUAAUAUCACAAAAUUUCACGUGAUUGUUUAAAAAAUGGUAAAGAUCUUUUUUACUCAACUCAACUCGAUCUCAGACCUCAGUUUUUUGAGCAUUGGUUACCAAAUUAUCCAUUACCGAACACCCUGCUUAUUCACAUAAUUUACAUACUUCGUCGUUACAUCUUAUUUCAAGACCUGAUGAACAAUAUUUCACACCUUUUACAACAUGAGAGAUAGGAUUUUCCAAAAGACUUUUCACAUUCUGCCUAGACAAUUUGCUUUAAUCUCUCGAUAUAUGAUUUUUUAUCUCUCAGAGAAUCAACUAAAGUUCAAGUGUGAAACGACAUGCAAUGCGCAACAGUCACUUCAAAGUUACUUCUUGCUACUUUACUGAUGCGAAGUGCUAUCGUUCAGACGCAUACGUGCUUGGCAAGUAUUGCAGGCGUACAACGGUCGACUUCAACUCUCGAUGGCGAUGAGUAGCAAUCGAGCUUCCGGCUCGUGGUUUAACGCGUAAUAUUAUUGGUACUGAAGAUAUAGUCAUCGAGAAAGCUUGCACAAACCAUUUUUUUUGUAAUUAACAUAUAAAAUAAUUUAUAUAUAACCUCUAAAUUAUUUAAGAUCCACGUACUUAAAUCUCUUUUAGUGUUAAACGUGCUGAUUUUUCCUAAUCUAAUCUGAUGUUACAUGAAGACGAAGCUUCUCAACAAUCUGAUAAUAUCAUCUCCAACCCUUGUGCUAUCUUUACCUACGUGGACAGUGCGUGCAUAUAAGCGACUCCACAUUUAGUUAUUGGAAGAUUCUGUUUCCGGAGAAGUUUCCGAUGGUUUUGCACAUGAAUGCGCAGUAUUCGCAGUAUUCCAACAUGACGAGCUAUUCCGCGAAAUGUAAAUAGAGACUAUUAUCUGUCAGUCAAUGAAUCCCACGUAGUUUCAACGCAGGAAGAAACAAAGUUAAACGCAGUUUUUCUCUUGAUGAACUUUUAUGACAGAUGGAAAACGCAAUGCUGAAGGCUGAAGGCAAAUCGGUCUCGACUUCGCAGUCCACCUUGCAAAUUUCAUUACUUUCGAUUUUCCGACUUCACGUAAAGUCUGAAUCCACGCGCAAGCGUGGUAAGAGUUUCGUUCUGACAUUAUCUGUUUCUCUAACGAUCAGUGUAGUUCAGCUGCCAUCUACUACUUAUUAGUAGAACGCUCUGCGAUCAAUCUCGAGAGGAAGCUCUCAUUACCAAGAAAGUGAUCCUUCAAAAUGCAAGACAAACAAUAUCUCAACGUGUAUUAUGUACAGGACCUGAAGUACGUUAAAAUGUUCGUCCCGACUAUCCUGAACGCGCUCGGUAUCUGGCCGUCACUCGGCAAACGAAAAUCCAUUUGUAAAAGGCUCGUCGACUACUUGUUCAUUUUCUUAUCGUACAGUCUGAUAUUCGCCUCAAUAAUACCCAGUAGUCUCUUCUGGGUGUUCAAGGGGACUACUCACACCCGCGUUCGAAUGUUUAUGCCUCUCGCAUACUCGAUCGUGAUCAUCAGCAAAUACAGCAUUCUGAUACUCAGUCAGGAUCAGAUUAGGCGCUGUUUGAAAUACGUCGAAGAAGAUUGGAAGAACGUCGCCAACGUUGACGCGCGGAACAUAAUGCUUGAGUCCGCGAGAGUCAGUAGACGUCUCGUUGCGAUCUGCAUAUCGGUUUUGUGCAGCAGCCCAAUGGCGAUUCGAUUGGUCCCAUUGCUUUACUUGGGAAAGAUUGUCGAUCAGUACAACGUCACGAUCAGACUGCUGCCCACUCCGGCUUACUUGUUCUCGCUAGACAUACAAGCCACCCCCAUCUAUGAGAUAAUGUACUUGUUGCAAGGAGCGUACGGUAUCGUCAUCGCAUCAAUCGGCUCAGGUGGAAUCGGUCUUAUGAUCAUCUUCGUGAUGCACGCUUGCGGUCAGCUGAAGAUCUUAAUGAACUUGAUGAGAGAGUUCACUGAAGAGCAGCAGCAGAAGAAGGUGGAUAAGAAGUUAACCAAUAUAGGGGAGCAUCAGAUCAGAAUACGCAAUUUUUUGCAAUUAGUGGAGCAUGCACUGCGUCAAAUUAGUUUCUUGGACAUAUCGAUAGCUUUAUUAGUCAUAUCCAUUCAGAGUUAUUGCAUAUUAAUGGAAUUCGAAAAUAGUAAUUCUAUGGUAAUAAUCGUUUACACUAUUUCAUAUAGUUCUGGACUGAUAACUGUGUUUAUAUUUUGUUACAUAGGCAAUCAACUUAUUCUGCAGGCGGAGGAGGUAGCGCUUAUGGCCUACGGGCUUGAGUGGUAUCGGCUUCCAGACAGGAAGGCACGCCAAUUACUGUUAGUAAUGAUCAUGUCUAACAAACCGAUGACGAUCACCGCUGGAAAUUUCUUGGAUCUGUCAUUAAAGACGUUUGGCGACAUCAUGAAAACGAGUUUCGCUUAUCUUAAUAUGCUCCGAAAUACAAUUGGCUAACUAAGACUUGUUGCAUUGAUUGAUGAAGCUUAUGACUUAAGCCACAUAUCAUAUCAGUAUUACAUGUGCUGUAUUAUAUAUAUGCGUAAUAGAAAUAUUGAAAUAGAAAUAUUUGAUGAUGUAUAAGAUAUCCGGUAAUGAAGAUACCAACUGUCGAAA